AUGGGCGCAGACGAGGAUGGGGAGAGGCAAGCCAGCUCCUCGACACAGCCAACCCCUGAGGCCCAUGAUGACGAGGUUGUCCUCAAGAAGCUUCACAUCUUGCCCCUCAAAGAGGCGGACAAGAAGAUCAAAGGCCGCCAGCGAAUGGAUUUUCUCGCAGAGACUUUGCGCCAGCUGCGAAACACCAAAGCGGUGGUGUGCUCUGGGGACCUUGUGAAAGCAAAAGAAGCCGAGUUCGUGGUCAUCAAGUGUGACCCGCCCCAGGGCUGCCUGGGGAUGGAGACAGACUUCUUCGUCGACGGAGCGCCAGUGAUCUGCUUUCAGAAGAUCCAGUUCAGCGCGUGGGGUCCGAGCACGCUCAGCUCAGAGGAGCUCUUCAACCAGUAUGUCCGGCCGUAUUUCAAAGGUGAGUACUCGCCGUAUGGCACGGCCGGUGUGAAGAGAGUCAGACUGUUGUACACAGGUCAGGUCGUUCAAGUGGGCGAAGUGAGCCUGCAGGUCGAAGCGACGGAACCGCAGGGGCUUGGUAUGGUUUCCACGGAUACGGAAAUCUUUGCCAACUGGGACCAAACUCCAGAGUUCGAGAAAGUGCACAUUUUGCCCUUUCUGGACACAUUGCCAAGCGCGUACCAGUACGAGCUGUUUGGAGACUACCUCAAGCCCUUCCUGGUUGCGAACCCGCACAAGAAGUACCAGCACGGUGACCUCUUCACGUAUCAGGGUGUUCAGUUCAAGGUUGUGGCUUGUGAGCCCGAUGCGGUUGCCCGAAUCGGGAAAAGCACCACCAUCUUCUGCCAGGGGCAUCUGACCCCAACCCUGCGAAACUUGCUGCCUCCACAUUUGAUGAACCAGGUGGCCCAGCUGCCGCAAGGGCUGCAGAUGUUGCUCCUCAGCUCCGAACGCACCACGCGUGAGCUUGAGGAGAUGCUGAGCCAGAGGCGUGGGCUCUUCCCUCAAACCAUCGAGGAAAUCCAUAGCUUCAAUUGGCCGCCGUCAGAUGUGGCCCCUGCACAGCAGACCUGCAUGGUUUGCCUCGAAGACUUUCAGCUAGCUACUCCCUGUCGGCGCCUGCCAUGCGGGCAUGUCUUCCACCAGUCAUGUAUCGAUGAGUGGCUGCGGAGAUGCACAGACUGCCCCAUUUGCAAGGCCAAUGUUGACCGUGCAAUUCGAAACUACUGUCCCGGGUUGCCCUGCCUGGAAGCACUUUCGAUGAACGCUAAAGUUCACGUGGAUCGUGCAUUGAACGUGAUCGGCAGCGGCUUGCAGCACAAGGUCUUCUUCCGUGACUUCCUCGAGCUCAUUCGGCCGCUCUUCACCAGGAGCGACUUUGAUGCGCAGCCGCGAUACAUUGCGGACACAGGCUGUGGGGACGGGAGCCUCCUUGGCCAAAUCUACGAGUUUGUCAAGACGCAAACUCCGCGCGGGCGGGUGCUGCAGGACUUCCCUCUGACGAUGAUUGGCAUCGACUUGAGUGCAAGUGCACGCAGUGCUGCAGCCGACACGCUUCGGGCAAGGGGCGUACCACAUCUGCUGGUUGAGGGAGACAUUGGAGAUCCAGGUGGCCUCUGCCAGGAGCUGCAGCAGUGGACCAUUGAUCCCAGGCAGGUGCUGCAUGUGCGCUCUUUCCUGGAUCACGAUCGCCCGUACCAUCCGCCAGAUCGACCCGUUCCAGCAGGCAGUCCUCGCGACCGCUUCGUGGCACAUCACUUCCAUCAGGCGGCAUACCUUGACCGUGCUGGCGACCUCAUCAAGCCUGUCGAUCUCUAUCAGUCUCUGGUGGAGCACUUUGAACGGUGGGCAGAUGCUUCUGGCCAGCAUGGUCUCUGUAUCCUUGAGGCCAUGCUGCUCGAUGUACCCAACACGGUGAAGUAUUUUGAUGAGAAUGUGUCGUUCCACUUCGACAUUGAGGCGGCCUUCUCGAGGCAGUACUUGGUGCCCCCGGUGGCCUAUUGCAUGGCCCUGGCGGAAGCAGGUCUGUUCAGUUGCACCAGUGAUGCAAACUCGCUGUGUUAUCCAGAGUCUGGCGAGUACUGCCGCAUCAUAAGUCAACACGUGAAGAGGUCACCCUUUCGCGUGCGCCUUGCUGAUGACGCGGAUCUGGACGCCCUGGCCCAGCUUCAGCAAGCAGCGAAGGUCUCAUCGGCGCUGGAGGCAUCUCCAGAGACUUUGGCUUCACGGCUUAAACGAGCACCACUUGGCACAUUCGUCGCCGAGCGAGGUGGCAAGCUGCUCGGGGCGGCUUACACCACUCGCUUGCAGGGCCACGUGAGCCGAUCCAACGCAGAAGCUGAGCCUUCCCAGCCCAGUGCAGAGCACGGUGAAGUGCUACAGCUGGUUGCUCUCCAUGCCUUGCCAGAGGCUCAAGGCGUCGGCUCAUUGCUACGAGAUCUUCUUCUCCAGCUUGCUCAGGUCGACCCAAAUGUCCACUCAGUUGUCGGGCUUACGCGCUUCGACGGCUGGGCAGCCAGCAGCUUGAGUCAGGAGGACUACAUAAGGAGGCAUGUUGCAGGCGAGCUUUCCGACAAGGUUCUUGCCUUCCACACUCAAGCUGGUGCUGAGAUUCUCGGGCUGGUCGCCAAUGCCCGGCCGUCAGAUGUCGCAAAUCAAGGCGCUGCCGUGCUCAUUCGCUACGAGCCGGGGAGGCGCCACAGGAAGGUAGCAUCAACAAGAAGACAGGAAGCGACCAUUGACGAAGUGGAGGCGUUCAUCCACGAGCAGCUGGGCAAGAUGAACAUCCUGGACAAGGACGUAGUGGGCAAGUGCUUCGCUGAACUUGGCCUGGAUUCCCUGGAGCUUGCAGGGUUGCGCCGCGACAUCGAGCAUCGGUUCGGCCUCCGUGCAGAUGCCACUGCCAUGACUGCCCGCGAGAUGGCAAAGUCAUGCACAUCUUGCACGCGAGGUGGCCCGACUCGCGCGACUGAGCGGCAAGAUGUGCGAGCUGUUGUGGAGUCCUGCUUGCUGGACUUCGUCGGAGCAGAAUCGCAGUCGGCCUCGCUUGUGGAGAUGGGCCUGGACUCGCUGGACCUUGCGACUCAGUGUGAUCCCAGUCCCAAAAAGUUUGGCAAGGCCAAAUUGUCAGUUCGCGACCACCCACCUUUGCUGUUAGAGCAGCACCCUGUCAAGCAUGGAUUCAAGUAUCUUUUCGUGCCUUUUCGUAUCACAAGGCUGGGGAUCUACAUGGGCCUUGGCAGGCCCCUCGUCGCGUUGAAGGCCAUGGAUCGGAAGCUGGAGCUCAAUCGCUUCAUGGGGUCUUGGUACGUGCUCGCCCAUAUUCCGGUGAGGCUUGUGAAGGAGCACCUGGCUCACAAUGCCGUCGAGACGUAUUCUUGGGACGAGUCGAGUCAGCGCAUUGGCGUCCACUACAGGUUCAAUGAAAAUGCGCUGGACGGUCGCAUCAACGACAGUUACCAGCGCGGCUGGCUUUGGAACAAGGAGACUAGUGCGGAGUGGCGGGUGUCCCCCAAGCUCCCUUUGUUCGGCUACUUCUUCAGCCACCUGGGCCUCAAGCUUCCCUACAUCAUCGUGGACUGCGCGGAGGAUUACAGCCAGGCCAUCGUCGGGUAUCCCAACCGCGCCUACCUUUGGAUAUUGAGCCGUAAGCCAACAGUCUCCGAUGCAGACUACCAAAAGCUGAUUCAGAAGUCCAAAGAUCUGGGAUACGAUGAAGCAAAGAUUCGGAAAGUGCCGCAAGUACCAGAUGCAGAAACCUUUCAAGUGCCCAGCUAG